UAAAUAACUCGAGUAAUUAUUGUCUCUUCUAUGCCCUUCAGGCCUCACUUAUGGAUAAAAUAAAAAAAUGGCCACGGUGGAAGUAUUUUGAUUAUAUUCACAACCGUAAAGGUCAAAAAGGUGAACUACAGAAAAAUACAGAGAUAUUAAUGCGAAAAGUUGGGGCUCCAACUCGUUUAAAGGAGUACGAUGCAGAAAUAUGGGUGCCAAAAAUCGUUGAGUACUGGAAUAAUUUUCUCUUCACAGGGCAGUUUAUUUUUAAAGUCUACAUUUUUGGAUCUUCAGGACAUUAUAAACCUUUGUUUAAGUUUGGUCCAGAGGAAUUUAAUAUCCCUAUCGUUCUCUAUUAUAACAACAAACAUUUUGAUGGGGUACAGAAAAUUGGUGGAUUAUUUGGUCAACCAUACUGCCUUUCUUGUGAAAAAAUUUAUAAUAGAUCGCAAAAUCACUCAAUUAAAUGUCGUUCCCGGUGUUCAAAGUGCUCUCAAGUAGGGAUUGGUUUUCCUUGCAAAUCUAAGGAUAAUUAUAAUAAAAAAUGCUUUGGAUGCAACAAAAUAUUUGACAACUACAAUUGUUAUAAUCAUCAUUUGUGGUCAUAUAUGUCUGGAAAAAUACUGUGGUAGAUGUGGGGACUUCCAUGAUCCCAAAAGAGGAUGUUUUAUCAGAAUACUCAAUC